AUGGACUAUUCGCUGCCCGCCCGUAAGCUGCUCCUCGCUGACGUCAGCGCGUACCGGAUUAUCCGGCGAGCGAACGGGCAACCGCUGCUGGAGGGCGUUCUUAGAAGCCCGGCUGAUGCGGAGGGCCCUGCUGCGGAGGGGCGUGCUGGGGGGGCGCCUGUUGCGGUGGGGCGUGUUGCGGAAGGGGGUUUGUAUCUGGACGAUGGCAGUGCGGCGGUCGAGAUCGUUCCUGCUAAAGGGGGGUCGCCUCCGCUUGUCGGGUCGUACGUGCAAGUCAUAGGUGCCCUCUGCACCCGCCCUGCCAGCCCACCAUUCAUCAAGGUGCACAAGAUCGUGGGCAUCGCGGCAGGCCCCAACAGAGAGGCCCUGAUGACGUUUGAGUUGACUCAAGGUCACUUGUUGUGUCGACUCAAAGUCACCUCCGCUCGCGCCAAGCUGGUGGACCUGACAGCAGCAGACCUCAAUAGGGAGUCUCCCUGCGGCACGUGGAGGUGA